UCUUUCAGAGCGUGGAAAAAACUUGCAGGCAUAACAUACCUGACAGAGAAAACACACCACCGGGAAUAAUACAGCGUGACAACCCACUUCAAGGUGAGUAUAUUUAAUAUAAUUCCAUUUUUAUACAUAACUUUGUUGCUGUUUCUCUUGUUUCUGUUGUUAGAUUUGAUGUUUUAAAAAGUCACCUUCUUAACUUUUAAAUCAUAAUACUAAUGAAUAUAACUUAAUGUCUCAGGUAGACUUUUCACUCAGCAGAUUCUGGGUUUCUUUGUGUCAAAAGAAAAAUCUUAAAAGUCACAACAACAAAGCUAACCUCCCCAUAUAAACUCUGCGUACAGAGAUCUAAACUUUUCCACUUUUUCUUUUUGAUGUAUCAAAAUUAUUCUUAUUUUUCUUGCAAAUGCAUGUUUCAAUCUUGGAUUCCAGAUGGCCCUUGAUGUUGCGUUCACAGCAGACCCCACUACAUCCUCCUCUCAGUCACCCUCUUUGGGCGAAGCCUUGAACACUGUGGACAUUGUGGUGUUGGUUGUGUAUUUUCUGCUUGUGCUGGCAGUUGGAUUUUGGUCGAUGUGCAGGACGAAGCGCAGCACCGUGGAUGGAUACUUCUUGGCUGGGAAAAACAUGACCUGGUGGCCAGUCGGUGCUUCCCUCUUUGCCAGUAACAUUGGCAGUGGACAUUUCAUCGGCUUGGCCGGGUCGGGAGCUGCUGCGGGAAUCGGGGCGAUUGCCUAUGAAUGGAGCGGUUUGGUGAUGGUGCUGGUGCUGGCGUGGGUCUUCCUUCCCAUUUACAUCGCCUCUGGAGUGACGACCAUGCCCGAAUACCUGCAGAAGCGGUUCGGUGGCAGAAGGACCCAGCUGUUUAUAACUGUCUUGUCCUUAUUCAUUUACAUCUUUACUAAAAUAUCGGUGGACAUAUAUGCAGGUGCGCUGUUCAUUCAGCUGGCGUUAAAGUGGAAUAUCUACGUGGCUGUGGUGCUGCUGCUGUCCAUCACGGCCCUCUACACUGUAGCAGGUGGCCUGGCGGCCGUUAUCUACACAGACGCGGCUCAGACGGCCAUCAUGCUCGUCGGAGCCGUGAUCCUGACGGUCUUCAGCUUUGUGGAGGUCGGAGGCUGGAACGCUCUGCUGGAGGGCUACCCCACCUCCAUCCCCUCCGUCCGUCUGCCUAACUCCACCUGCGGCAUCCCCCGCGAUGAUGCCUUUAACUUAUUCAGACACCCGGUGACCUCUGACCUGCCGUGGCCCGGUGUUAUCAUUGGCAUGACCAUCCCCUCCAUGUGGUACUGGUGCUCUGAUCAGGUCAUUGUGCAGCGCUCCCUGGCUUCCAAGACCUUAACCCAUGCCAAAGGUGGCUCCCUGCUGGCUGCGUACAUGAAGUUUCUGCCUUUCUUUGUCAUCAUGCUUCCUGGGAUGAUCAGCAGGAUACUUUACACAGACGAAGUGGCGUGUGCCGAUCCUGACGUCUGCCAGCAGGUUUGUGGAAACUCAGUGGGCUGCUCAGACAUCGCCUACGCCAAACUGGUCAUGCAGCUGCUGCCUGGGGGGCUGCGAGGGCUGAUGAUGGCUGUGAUGAUCGCGGCGCUCAUGUCCUCCCUGACCUCCAUCUUCAACAGUUCCAGCACCAUCUUCACCAUGGACCUGUGGAAAAGUUUCAGAUCCCGAGCCUCUGAAUGGGAGCUCAUGAUCGUGGGCAGGUUGUUUGUUCUGGUGCUGGUGGUCUUGUCUGUGCUGUGGAUUCCCGUCGUCCAGGCCAGUCAGGGCGGCCAGCUCUUCAUCUACAUCCAGUCCAUCAGCACCUACCUUCAGCCCCCCGUCGCCAUCAUCUUCCUCUGUGGCUGCUUCUGGAAGAGAGCCAACGAGAAGGGUGCAUUCUGGGGCCUCAUUAUUGGCCUCACGAUAGGCUGCAUCCGCAUGGUGCUGGACUUCGUCUACCCUGCUCCGCUGUGCUUCGAGGUGGAUGACAGGCCCGGAGUGUUGAAAUACGUCCAUUACCUCUACUUCUCCAUGCUGCUGUCCUUCAUCACCCUGGUGGUGGUGGUCGUCAUCAGCCUGGCCACAGAGGAGCCCAGACCAGAGCAGAUCACCCGUCUGACGUGGUUCACGCGAUUCGACCCGCUGGAGCCCAAAGAGCAGGUGUUCACGGUGGAGCGGGAGAUCACGACGGCCUCCAGUCAGACGGGAACGACGAACGGACGAGAAGCAGAGAAAAGCAAUGCAGGUGGGCCCCCUCGUCUUCUUUUCUUCCCGGGGUUACCCUUCAAUCUGCCCAUUAAACAAAUCCCCCGUCUCUCCUCUCACCAUCCAGACUCGGCAUCGUCCGUUUCCAGCGUCCGCAGCCAGUCGAGGUUUCUGUCCGCCGUCUACUGGCUCUGUGGGAUGGAGAGGAGAGCGGGCGGAGAUAACGACAUUCCCAUGGCGCCGCCGCCGCCCGAACAGGUUAUCGCCUCGCUGGAGGAAAAGCCUCAUCUCCAGCGUAUCGUGAACGUGAACCUCCUCGUCUGCCUCGCAGUGACUGCCUUCAUCGUCGGCUACUGGGCUUGACGGAUCAUGCAGAGGUGGAAUAGAAACAUGGGAUUUCUGCCUGAAAAUGAAAUGUAGCCACUCGGUCACCAGUUUCCUUCAGGAAUGUUUUAGUCAUGAGAGAUGAAUUUACGGCGAUCGAAUUGUAUCUUGACUGUCAGAAACAUGCUGAACUUUUCCAAUUACAACAUGCAUUUCCUCUUUUACAUUUUAACAUCUCACAAUAAACACUCAUAUUUUCAUUCCUAUCUCUUUUCAUUCAUAACAUGUAACCACUAUGUAAUCCAACAAAGCUAUGGAAAAAAGGGAAAACACUGUAGAACAGUUAAGCAAUCUUUAUUUAUUA